AUGAGCUGGAGUUUCCUUCAUCUACUGGAUGAGAUCCAUAACCACUCCUCAUUCGUGGGGAAAGUGUGGCUGAUGAUCCACAUUGUGUUCCGCAUUGUGCUGAUGGCGGUGGCUGGAGAGUCCAUCUACUCUAUAGAGCAAUCCAUGUUCACCUGCAACACCCAGCAGGCAGGCUGCAACAACGUCUGCUACAACUCAGUUUCUCCGCUUUCGAACGUCCGCUUCUGGGUAUUCCAGAUCAUCAUGAUUUCCACACCGCCUGUCAUGUACCUUGGAUAUGCCAUCCACAAAUUCGCCCGUUUCUCUGACGAUGACCAGGAGCAUAUGACGAAACGGCACCGGAGGAUUGUCAGAAGCAGAUGUAGGGAUGUGGAUCAGAUGGAGGAGUGUGACGAUGGUGGUGACUGUGAUGACAUGGAACCAAUGAUGUACAGAGAGGAGCUGGAGCUUCAGGAAGCCGAAACAGGGAUGGAGAACAACACAAGAAUAGAUCAAACUAAGCAGGAUGGCUGUUGCAGGAUCAUUCAAGAAGGUCUGAUGAAGUUUUACAUCCUCCAGCUCUUAUCACGUGCCAUUUUAGAGGUCUUCUUUCUGGUGGGUCAGUACCUGCUGUAUGGAUUCCAUGUCAGUCCCACAUAUGUGUGUGAUGAAAUUCCCUGUCCUCAUCGAGUCGACUGCUCUGUGCCUAAUCCCACCGAGAAAACCAUCUUCCUGCUGAUCAUGUAUGUGGUAAGCAGCCUCUGUUUGCUGCUCAACCUCUGCGAGAUGUUCCAUCUUGGAAUUGGCCCUUUCCGGGACAUGAUCAGAAGACGACGGAUCCGUGACCAGGGUGGUCUUCACUCCUGUGCUUUUCCAUAUGCACGUAAUAUUCCGGCCUCACCUCCGGCAUACAACUUUGCUGUCCAAUCCGAGAACCAAAAUGGUGUCGUCUGUUAUGAACAGAAUCAGAACAGCACCCUUCCUCAGCAACCGAACCACAGCAGCGUUGCCUUACACACCCAGAACCAGUACCAGGAGCAGCUGCACAUGGCCAUUAGGACCAACAGCACCAAAAGCAGCAGCCCAGCAUCAGAGCAGAACCGAGUCAACUUGGAACAGAGACAGGGAGCAAGGCCUAAAGCUGAUAUGGAGAAAAGUGGGACUGUGAAGAAUUGGAAUACUUCAUUGUGGAUUUAG